AUGGCUGGCGCCGGCCGCAAGGAACGCCAGGACUGGGCUUGCAGGAGCUGUACGACGAAGCGCGGCAAGCCGCUCAUCAACUUCGGGACCUCGCUCAAGUGCCAAGGGUGCAGGCUCCACAAGAAGGACGUGUACGGCGGGCCUGUGCCGCCGAAGGAGCCCUCGAUGCGGGCCCCAGCCAAGGGCAAGAAGCGGGCCCCGUGGACGGCCGAGGGCAAGCUUGAGGGCGAGCUCGCGGCCAUGCGGGCGGAGCUCGACGCUGCCAGGAAGAAGCUUCGUACGCAGGAGUCCGACCAGGGCGGGGCCGCGGCCAUGCACGUGGACGACGGCAAGUCAGGCGAGGACGCCUCGGCUGCGAGCGAGAUCAAGGUUUGCGAGGCAGGCCUGGCCACGCUCAAGGACGUGCAGCACGACUGGGCCACGGGCCCGCGGGAGGAUCUCAAGCGCAGGCUCGCCGCCGCCAAGGACAGGCUCUUCGCCGCCAAGCCGCUCCACGCGCGGGUGCAGGCGCUGGCCCACAGGCAGAAGAAUCUGGCGGACAAACUCAGCAAGAUGGAGCUGGCCGAGCGCGAGGCGGAGGACCGUGUCAAGAAGGCGCAAGACGAGCUGGAGCUCAAGCGGCAUGGUGUCAGAGAGCUCAAGGCGCAGCAGGUGGCCCUCCAGGCGGAGCAGUCGGCACUCCAGCAGCAGGUCCCAGUCGCGCCAGAGGAUCGUCCGCCUGGGCAGUCCAUGGAGCACGACGUCAUCAAGAACACGGGCGGCCUCACCCUCGGCGACCUGGCGCAGGCUCUCAGCGGCGCGCUGGCCGCUCACCCCGACGACACCAUGCCGACCGCGGGCGAUUUGCCGCAGCGGCUGGCCUCGGCGCUUGGCGGGCCCCUCCAGGAGCUCAUGCUGCGGCGGCAGCGCGAGCGGGCCGCCGCCACGGAGGCAGCGAGCGCCCCUCGCACCCCUGCAGCGUCCGUCGAGGGAGACGACGCCGCCGCCGCCGCGCAUGACGCAGGCACUGCAGGCGGCGCCGCCCCUGCAGCCGCAGCGCCGCGCUGGGAUCCCGCCGCGAUGGAGCCCGAGAAGCUGCGGCAGACCAUGGCGGCGUUCUCACCAGGGCCAGCAGAGGAGACCAGCGACGCCAUGCUGGCGCGCGCCACGGAGCUGGCCGUCAGGGGCUUCAAUCCUUACUAA